UGUGAUCAGUGUGAUUUUCGUGUUUUCCAGUGUGUGCAACUUUUGCACGGGUUAUUUUCCUCAAGAUUUGCUUUCCUCAUCUCGGACUCUUCACAGAAUGACUCGUGGAAACCAGCGUGAGUUGGCUCGUGCAAAAAAUCUGAAGAAACAACAAGAACAGGCAAAGAAGAAAGGAGGUGAAAGUGGAGUAGCACUGAAGGAAAGAAAAGAAAGGGAUGCAGCUAUGAUGAGGGAAAAACAGAAAAAAGCUGCAGAAAAACAAGCUGCUGAAGGAGGCGCAAAGAAAUAACCUUAACUUACAUUAAUUUUGUUUUCUGGAUUUUCCAACCGAAGAGAACUUUUGGUACUUGUACAUUCUUCAUUUGUAUGAAUCUUGUGAAACACAACUGCACACUGAGCUCUCUCAUGGAUAAAUCAUGCCUUUUGGACAAUUGCAGCAGUAGAAGACUUCAUUCCAUGUGCUAAAUUCUGUUGUUUAUUGUGUAGUAACAGUAUUUACUCUGUACUGGGAGUGGUUUCAGAUAAUCUAAGUGGGUGAUGUACACCCUUUUAUGUUGCAGGAACUGAAGAAGGGGGAAAAUAAGUAGUAUUGACACUGCAAUAAAAUUUAAGAGACCAGGGAUGUGCACUAGAGGAACCUGGGUGCCACAGGUGACAAACUUUGGGUGACUGGAAAAACUUACUUUUUUCACAUAAGCUUAAGUGCUGGGCACCCAGGAUUUCAUGGUCUCUUUCGGUUCCUCAUAGUUUUUCUUAGACCCCGGCCUUGGAGAUUCAGAAAAUGCAAACACAAGGGACACUUUGCUUGUAUCCAGUUUUUCAUAUCCAAUAACUUUGCAUUAUAAUAAUGACUGUUAAAAAAAAGUGUGUAAUUAUGUAGAUUAUGAAAUGUGGAUAAAAGGUUGACUUGAAAGUGUUCUUUUAAGUUGCAAAAUGUGCCAAACAAUUUUUCAGUAACAGAACUUUGAAAAUUAUAAUUUGAGCAAUGGUUAAUAGUCUAACACCAACCUGCUUGGUUUUCCUUCGUUUGUGAGUUUCACUUAGGGUUCAAUUUUAGGAAAAUGUUCUUCAGUACUUUCCUCCUUUCCCCUUUCUGUUGUUGCCUGCCUAUAGGUCAAUCCAGGAAAAAAAGAGACAUUGGAGUACAAUAUUAAUCUUUCUUAUAAUGCUAUAAUUCAAUAUUUUGUACACGUAAUGUGUAUGUAAAGACAAUGUUGCAGAUCAGUUGUUAAUGUACAUCUUUUCAUCAGUAGAAGUUGAAUAAAUAGUACAUAUAGAAGGUA